UUUUUUUAAAGUUAGGUUGGCCACAGAAGCUAUCUAAGCGAUAUGCACAAUUAGAGAUACAACUCAUUCUUACUAUAAAAGCCCCGACAUCCUAUUCAUUUCCACCGACCCUACAAAACAAUCAUCACAUCUCUUCAAACGUCUACAUCGUCUACAACACUCUACAUGCUCUGCCUUCUUCCAUUGGAGCUCGACACCGGACCCUGGACCAAGAAGCCGUCAACGCUGUGCUCUCUGCUGCUGCUGCUCACCAUCGCCGCACUUGCAGUUCUUGGACAGGACAAAAGCGAAGAAGUCGGAUUCGGCAAGCACACAAAGGAUGGCAACAAAGUGACGCUCGCCGACGACACCGUAAUUGCCAACAGGGCAAACAUCGACGACCUUGCUGAUUGUAACUUCAGGAAGCUGUAUCCGGACGCCUGCGAUGUUAUAAUCGAAGACGACUACAUCGAGCUUCGGUACAACUAUGGCAGCAAAGGAUGCACUGUGGAUCUUCUCAGCAGGGACGAGUCAAACAGCAACACCAUCAAGUUCACGGCCGGAGUGCGGGACCGAAAAGGAAGACUCAACAAAUGCCUCGACGAUGUUGCCAAUUUCGACAAAAGUUAUAAUAAUAUCCUGCCUUUCGUCUACAGCGUGAACAACAAAGACAUCGAAAAGCUCAAUAAUCGCCAGUACGAUGGAUCUGGCGCAGAUUGCAACAAAGAAAUGUGUUUUACAUGCAUGCCGCCGACAUCACUUGAAGUUUCAUGGAGCGGAGGUAUGGGACAAGUCUAUGCCUUCACACAUCUAAUCGGGGAAGUGGUGGACCAAAGAGUGAAACAGUACCAGCCCAUGGAUAAACAACGAUCUAGCAUGACCUUCGAUCUGACAAUAAACUCUGCGAGCGCGUUCACGAUGAACUUCUCGAAACCAGAGCUCUUCAACGCCGCGGAUAAUGCUGUUUGCGUUCCAAAGGACACUCAAAUCGUUAAACCUGAAACAUGGAAGAUCACGAAUGGUGGGGAGGAGCUCAUUGAUAAACGACUGCUUGUCUUCAGCCUGCUUCGACAAAAUGCGACUUUUGUGUACACUGAUAGUGGUAAAAUCGGCGGACAUCCAAACGGACCGGAUUGCGAACUCUUCGUCAGAUUCGCUACAACCGAAUACAGCCUGCUCGUUGUCAACACCUCUGCAACAACAGCGCCACCGACUACGACGACUACUGCAGCGACCACAGGAGCUCCAACAACGGGAACAUCAGAGACUGGAACGACAACAUCUUCAUCGACAAUUUCGCCUACGACCGCCAACAACUUCACUUCCAUCAGAACAACUUCUCAAGCAGCGACAAAGUGCCCGGAACAACGGGAGGAGUGUGGCGGAGCUCCCUACCUUGCGAUUGGCAUUGCUGCUGCUGUUGGCCUCUUUGUCGGGAUCGUCAUUGCAGUUUUGGUCUGGAUCAAGAACAAGGCAGGAAAGGAUACGAAAAAGGGAGGGAAGCAGGACGCCGAGCGUGCAGAAGAAGAUCGUCUGCUUGCGCUGUACAAGGCUGAGGAGAAGACCAAAGGCAAAAAGGCUGUCGGGACAUUUGCUGCAUGGAAAAAGAAUGUGAGUUUAAAAAUUUGGGAAAUAUGUACAUUUAAUCAGACCUAA